AUGCAUACUGCUAGUAGUUUAAUAAGGAACAGUUUCCUCAACCCGAAGUUGAAGUCGACUGUGGUUCGUAGUGUAACAAAAGUUGCAUCACACGGUAAACCGGUGCAAAGGUUGUGUUACUCUGGGGUAGCUGGUGCUAGGGGUGCGCGGAUAUGUAGUUAUAACAGUACCUUUUUGAGUUCGAGUAAACAAGUGGGAUUCGGGAGGUAUUUUUCAACCAAUAAGAGUGACCCCCCUGAUGAGGAUCCCGAGUCUAAAGAUGAGACGCCGCUGUUCAGCAGUCAGCUCCCGGCGACCGUGGCCGUGCCCGAAGUGUGGCCACAAGUGCCCGUCAUCGCCAUCAACAGGAAUCCCGUCUUCCCGCGUUUUAUUAAACUUAUUGAGAUAUCAAACCCAGCUUUAAUAGACUUAAUAAGACGUAAAGUAAAACUGAACCAGCCUUAUGUUGGUAUAUUUUUACGUAAGAAAGAAGAUGAGAAGUCCGAUGUUGUCUCCAACUUGGAUGACUUGCAUCAAGUGGGUGUGUUCGCACAGAUCCAUGAGAUGCAAGAUAUGGACUAUAAAUUAAGAUUAGUGGUGAUGGCUCACAGACGAAUUAAGAUUACUGGACAGUUCAUCGAAGAUGAGAUCGAAAGUGGGCCUGCUGAAAUGAAGCUGAAAUUUCCGCUAUUUAACGUGGAGCUUAACGUUGCCCGCGAAGAAUCUGAUGCGGAACGGCGCCGGCGCAAGUAUCGGAACACGAGGAAGCAGGUCUCCAAGGAGCCGGCAGCAGCAACAGCAACACCGGAAGCUGAAGAUGCUCCAAAGGAUGAACCGAAGGACUCAAAGAAACCUGCUCCAGAUCAAGUUAUGAUGGUCAAAGUGGAGAACUUGAUGCAUGAGAAGUUCCAGCAGACUGAGGAGGUGAAGGCCUUGACCCAGGAGGUCAUUAAGACCAUUAGAGAUAUCAUCAACUUGAAUCCUUUGUACAGGGAAUCCUUGCACCACAUGUUAGCGCAAGGCCAGCGCGUAGUGGACAACCCGGUGUACCUGUCGGACCUGGGCGCCGCACUCACUGGGGCGGAGCCAGCAGAGCUACAGGCUGUUCUGGAAGAAAUGGAUAUACCAAAGAGGUUGAUGAUGUCCCUCUCGCUUCUAAAGAAGGAGUUUGAAUUAUCGAAACUGCAACAAAAGAUUGGCAAGGAAGUCGAGGAGAAAGUUAAACAACAACAUCGAAAGUAUAUCUUACAUGAACAGCUUAAGGUAAUAAAAAAGGAGUUAGGCCUAGAGAAGGACGACAAGGAUGCUAUAGGAGACAAGUUCAAGGAGCGCCUCGCUGAGAAGAAAGUACCGCAGGCAGUACAGACUGUCAUUGAUGAAGAACUCAACAAGUUGAACUUCUUGGAAAGCCAUAGCUCUGAGUUCAAUGUCACCCGCUGCUACCUAGACUGGCUGACCUCCCUACCCUGGGGAGUGACGUCAGAAGAGAAUCUCAAGCUCAAAGACGCUCAAGUGAUACUCGAUGAAGACCACUACGGCAUGGAGGAUAUAAAGAAACGGAUAUUGGAGUUCAUAGCUGUGUCGCAACUGAAGGGCUCUACCCAGGGCAAGAUAUUGUGCUUCCAUGGACCACCUGGUGUUGGUAAAACUAGUAUAGCUCGUUCCAUCGCUCGGGCCCUGAACCGACAGUACUUCAGAUUCUCAGUGGGAGGUAUGACAGACGUUGCGGAGAUCAAAGGACACAGACGGACGUACGUGGGAGCUAUGCCCGGUAAACUGGUGCAGUGCUUGAAGAAAACUGGAACUGAAAACCCGUUGGUGCUUAUUGAUGAGGUGGACAAAAUUGGCAAGGGUGUCCACGGCGACCCAUCAUCAGCUCUACUAGAACUCUUGGACCCGGAACAGAACGCAAACUUCCUGGACCACUACCUGGACGUGCCGGUGGACCUGUCCAAGGUGCUGUUCAUCUGUACUGCCAAUGUGGUGGAACAUAUCCCUGAACCACUCCGAGACAGGAUGGAACUUAUUGAUAUGUCCGGUUACGUAGCAGAAGAGAAGCUAGCAAUAGCCCAGCAGUACCUGGUCCCGACGGCGCGCAAGAACUGCGGGCUGGCCGACAGCCAGCUGGACCUGACGCCCGACGCCCUGCACGCGCUCAUCCGCUCCUACUGCAGGGAGAGCGGCGUACGGAACCUGCAGAAACAUAUCGAGAAGAUAGCAAGGAAAGUAGCGUAUAAGAUAGUGAAAGAAGAGACAGAAUCCCUGAAAGUGACGGAAGCGAACCUGAGCGAGCUGGUUGGCAAGCCGACCUUCAAACGCGAUCGCAUGUACAACAUCACGCCACCCGGAGUUGUUAUGGGACUUGCUUGGACUGCUAUGGGUGGCAGCACAUUAUUCAUAGAGACAGCGAUCCGGAACGCGGCGACGGAUGACAAGUCUCCCUUCGGGUCUAUGGAGGUCACCGGCCACCUCGGUGACGUCAUGAAGGAAUCUGCCAGGAUCGCACUCACUGUUGCCAGGAAUUACAUGUCUAUUUACUACCCGGAGAACAAGUUCUUGAAUACUAGUCACAUCCACCUGCACGUGCCAGAAGGCGCGACCCCGAAGGACGGGCCCUCGGCAGGCUGUACCAUAGCGACCGCACUGACGUCACUAGCAUUGCGCCGCCCCGUCCGGCCGGACCUCGCCAUGACGGGGGAGAUCUCACUCACUGGGAGAGUUCUACCCGUUGGAGGGAUCAAGGAGAAGAUUAUUGCGGCUAAACGUGCAGGAGUCUGUUGUGUGGUCCUUCCCGAGGAGAACAGACGUGACUACGACGACCUGCCGAGCUUCAUUCGAGAAAAGGUCGACAUACACUUUGUCAGCGAUUUCGACGAGAUUCUCAAAAUCGCCUUCGAUCAGCAACAACAACAGAUCGAAGUGGGCAACAUCGCGAACAACACUUGUAUGUAG